AUGAAGAGGAUUAAAAGUCAUGCAGUGGAUGUGACUCUGGAUCCUGACACAGCACAUGCCCCUCUCAUCCUGUCUGCUGAUAGGAAACAAGUGGCAUAUGGCGACACUCAACAAUCUGUCCCUGACAGCCACAAAAGGUUCAGUCCUGUUAUAUGUGUCUUGGGAAAACAGGGCUUUUCCUCUGAUAAAUUUUACUAUGAGGUUCAGGUCAAGGGGAAGACUGAUUGGGCCUUAGGAGUGGCCAGAGAGUCCAUUACCAGGAAGGGAAAUAUAACUCUGAGCCCUGAGAAUGGAUCCUGGACAAUAUGGCUGCGUAAUGGGACUGAGUAUGAGGCACUAGCUGAUUCCUCUGUUCCCCUCUCCCUGAAAGAGAAGCCCCAGAGGGUGGGGGUGUUUGUGGAUUAUGAGGCAGCUCUGGUCUCCUUUUAUGAUGCAGACUGUUGGUACCAUCUCUACUCUUAUGCUAAUGUUACCUUCACUGAGAAACUUUACCCAUUCUUCUAUCCUGGUCUUAAUGAUGGAGGUAAGAACUCCUCUCCUCUUAUCAUCUCCUCAGUUUCUAUUUGCCCCAUCAGUUAA